AGGAGAAUUGGCUAGAAGCUUCGUUGCCCGAUAUAAAACAAAACCGGACAGCGAGCUUGUUUAGAUAAAUUUCAAAAAGCGAGCGGGAGAGACGUAUUGUGUGAGUUCCUUUAGCGCGAAUUUAUUUGAAUUGUUAAAGUGUUAUUGAUUAAAAAUGUCUACAGUAGAGACUAUAAGGGAUAUACCUGUUAUUGUGCAACAUAUGAAAGUUUGUAGCGAACCUAUGGAUUUUGAUGACGAUUAUUAUGGUUCUGGUUUUCCUUUCGACAACACUGGUCGUCGUUCCAGAGACCCUCUGGAAGACAUUGCCCAAAGACAUCCAGAAUUUGCCCAACACCUCCAAGGUUUCCCGAGGAGAUCGCAACGUUCAGCCCCUGAACAAACCAACGACGAAUUUUUAAGAAGACGCUUCGAAAGACCUUUUGCCAGCGGCAGAUUCGAACGGUUCGGUUUUCCCUUUGACCGGGACGACUUCGAACGCGAACCUCAAAGGUACUACGAGGCCUAUCCGGAGUACUUUGAAAAUUUCCAAAAUCAACAGCCUCAAAACCAAAACUCCUCGCCACAAGGUUAUCAACAGCAUCCGCCACAAUACAGCCAACAAUAUCAACCUCAAGAAAAUCAACCAGAGUAUAAGAAUCAAAGAAGAGUGAGUCAAGGCACUCAAACCGAAGAAGAUAAUCUUGCAGAACAACACCAGGAAGAGCAGAAAGCUGAAAGUGGACAAACAACAAGAGGACGUCCCAUCCAGCAAAGCAACACGUGCGAUCUGACCCAACACCAACCCCCCGACGAAUCGUUGAAUGAUCGCGAGCAACGCUCCAUGUCAGCACCUCCUGAAAACAAAAGGUUCACUUCAUCUGUAAACAUCCCGAUGGGGGUUCAUUCGCCUGAUGGUGCCGCAAGCCAGACUAAUAGUGGCAGCACUGAAAGGGUCAUCCCUAUACACGUGGAAGGCCGUGACGAUCCAGUGAUACCAAAACAAGCUUCAGCUCAAACUCAAGCUGAUAGUCCCAGGUCUCAACCUGAAACGAUUUUUGGUCGUAGACCUGAGGCAUUUAGUCAAUUUGUCCAUAGGGAGCCUCAUAGGUUCAACAAUGAUUGGCAACAUUCAUUUGGAGGCUUUCCUGAAGAAGAUUUUGGAUUUUCUAGAAGUGAAAGUCCUAGUCGGUUUGCUGCUGGGGCUAAGCCUCAACAACCUCCUAGACAAGAGUCUCAUCAACAGCAACAAGCUCCUAGGCAAGAGGCAAAACCUCAACAAGAACAAUCAGAGCCUCCCAAGCAACAACAACAACCUUUGGGACCUAUUGAGCAAAUUCAAGCUAUUCAAAAAGAUGUUUCAACAUUGCUAAGGCAAGUUGAAGCUUUCAAUGGACUUCCUAGAGACAAAAACUAUCUUUAUUUGGACGAAAUGUUAACAAGAAAUCUAUUAAAACUUGACAAUGUAGAUACUCAAGGACAAGACACUAUUAGGAGUGCCAGAAAAGAAGCUAUUAAGUGUAUUGAAAGGGCUAUAAGUCUUUUGGAGGCUAGAGCAGCGGCUAAUGCAGCUCCUAAACAAGAAAAUAUGGAAGUAGAUGAGCAGAAACCUCAAGAAAGUGAGGAAAAAAAUGAAGCAGUUGCAGAAGUGUCGCAAGAGGCUAGUGGAGAAAGUGCAACCGAGCAGCCCAAAAGUGAUGAAACUAUGGAAAAUGCUGAAGCAGAAGCUAAAAAAGAAGAAAUAAAUAGUGAAGAGCCAAAACCUGUAGAAGAAACACCAAAGGAGGAAACAGAAGUUCAAGUAGAGGACGAAAACAAGGAGAAAAGGAAAAUCAAAAAGAAACAAUAAGUUUAAAAUUUAGACAAAUUAUUUUUCAUUUUUAGGUAUUUGAGCACUGGUGUUUCAUUAUUUUUGUUUAUUGAAUAAAGCCUUAUUGUUGAGACACCAAAUUUUGCUUGAAUAUAAAAAAAAAAACAGAGUAUUUAUGAGUGUUUCAUUGCAGUACCAUUUUUCUUACUGUAUUGAGAUUUUUUCACUAAAAUUGCUAAUUUAAAGGCCUUAUUUGUUGAGCUUACUAGGCCUUCUAGUGAAAGACUGACUUUAACUUGUUCUUAACAGUCAGAGUUAGCUAUUUUUUUAGUGGUAAUUAACCAUUGUAUUAGCGAGUGAGUUGUUUUCCUUUUCUAUUCUAUUAAUAUUUAUUUAAAUAAUUUGUAAAUAUUCAUAAUAAAACGAGUGAGUUUUAUAUUUUCAAAUUACAUAUUUUGUGAUUAUGUAGUUUAGUUUUUCUCUUGUAAUAAUAAUUUUGUAAUUUGUGUUACCUACCAUUUGUCUCUUGUUUUUUUUUAAAUUUAACACACAAAAAAUAUUAAAUAAUUUCUUGUUUAUAGUGUGUGUGUAUCUCUGUUUUAGUUUAUUUGUUGAUUUUUCUUUUGUGUACAAUGUUGUCGAUUAUACGAUUAUUUUUGUACGAAAUAAAGUACGUAUUUGAAUAA